AUGGACUCUUUGAGUGUUUGGAUUCGACGUCAGUUACUUUUUGUUACCAACAAUACAAGUGACAAUGCUGAUAAGGUGGCAACAACAACAACAUCCACAACGACGACUACCACCACUCGCACCACGGUCAAUCCACGAGACCAACUUUUACACACGCAUCGUCGUCGACAGGAUAGACCAUUUCGUCGCACCUCGGUUCAACUUGCACUUCCUGAUGUAGCCGUUUCAUGA